AUGAUCACUGCUCAUUUUGGAUGUCCCGCAUUUGAUCUCGUCCGUGUGAUGUGUGCAUGUCUUAGCGGAAAAGACCGCCAAGAACAAUGGGAAGAAUUGUUGGACGAGUUUUAUGGAUACUUGAAAGAGGAAUGUGGUAACAGAGACAUGCCCUACACGUUGAAGCAGGUCAGUUGGAACAUUGCUCGAAUGUGCAAUAGAAGUCCAACUUUGUUUCCAUUGCAGGCUCAAAUCAGUCUACCGAAAAGAAAUCACCUAAAAAAUUUUAUUUCGCGUUUGAAAUAUGCCUUAAGAGAGAUAUUUUUAGCUCAAAGAAUCGUAUCGCCGAUUUUUCCCUCUUGGCGGUUUGAUGAUAAUGCCUAUGAUUGGGCCUCUAUUCGACAUAAUUUGUAA